CUAGACGGUAGCUGUUGCUUGGACACCCCUAUAGAACAAGAAAGAAGGGAUUGCCUUAAAAUCGGGGGAAAUAUCAGGUCAGGAGGUGAACAUUCCUGGACUAUGGACCAGAAUAUCUUAUUGUACUCCAUCGUGCUGAGUGCCCUGAUUAGUGGGAGCCAGGCCUGCUACUGUGAGCGAUACCCCUGGGCUUCAUGGUCCAGCUGCUCAAGUUCCUGCAAUUAUGGAUCCCAGAUCAGAGAGAGACAAAUAGUACGAGACAAAUAUUAUGAAGAAAACUACUGCGAUCAGCUAUGUACGAAGAGGGAAUCCAGGGCCUGCAACCAGCAAAUGUGUCCCAUCAACUGCCUGAUGGGUGACUUUGAACCAUGGUCCGAAUGUGACCCUUGUGUUGAAAAACAGUUUCGAGUGAGGUCCAUUUUGCGUCCUUCACAAUUUGGGGGGCAGCCAUGUACAGAGCAGCUCAUGACAUCCCAAAAAUGUUAUUCGACAAAACUCUGCAACAUAGAAGACAUUGACUGCAAGAACAAAUUCAAGUGUGACAGUGGCCGAUGUAUUGCCAUGAACUUGUUAUGCAAUGGGGAAAAUGAUUGUGGAGACAGCUCAGAUGAAAAAAACUGUGACAGAAAGAAGAAAGUGUGUAAUAGGGUGUAUCAGCCUAUCCCAAGUGUGCAACUAAUGGGAAAUGGGUUUCACAUUCUGGCAGGAGAGCCCAGAGGAGAAGUCCUUGAUAACACUUUCACUGGAGGACAAUGUAGAACUGUCAGAAGCAGCAGAACCAGUAACCCCUACCGUGUCCCAGCCAAUAUAGAAAGCAUCAACUUUGAGGUGAACAACGAAGAAGAGGAUUUGCAAACUAAUUUCUAUAGUAACCUAAUUCCUCUGGGAAAUGAUCGUGUUCUUCAUAAUUCUGCUAGUUACCAAGGGCAUAGUCGUUCGGGGAUUCCAUUAUUAUGGUCCACAAAAAGGAAGGAAAGAAUCACUCAACAUUCCUCCUUCAAACAAGCUAUUCAAGCUUCCCACAAAAAGGAUUCCAGUUUCAUUAGAGUCCAUAAAGUAAUUUCUGUGCUCAACUUCACAAUGAAACCCACCAAACUGCAACUCUCAGAUGUCUUUUUGAAGGCACUUAACCAUCUGCCUCUUCAGUAUAAUUAUGCCUUAUACAGCCGUUUGUUUGAUGACUUUGGGACUCAUUAUUUCACCUCUGGUUCCAUGGGGGGUACCUAUGACCUCCUCUAUCAGUACAGCCGGGAAGAACUGAAGAAUUCAGGCUUAACAGAGGAAGAAUCCCAACACUGUGUCCGCAUUGAAACUGUUAAACGCAGACUGUUCUUCAAGAAAAGAAAAGUGGAGACCAGGUGCACCAAAAACAAGAUGUUAGAGCGCUAUGAAGGUUCAUUUUUGCAGGGAGCUGAAAAAUCCCUAUCUCUGGUCCGAGGAGGAAGAAGUGAAUAUGCUGCUGCUUUGGCAUGGGAGAAAAAAGGGUCCUCUCCAGAAGAGACUGUAUUUACUGAGUGGCUGCAGUCGGUGAAGGAAAACCCUGCUGUUGUUGACUUUGAGCUGGCACCUAUCUUGGACUUGGUGAAAAACAUUCCUUGUGCAGUAACAAAAAGAAAAAAUCUCAGACAAGCUCUUCAUGAAUAUGCUGAAAAAUUUGAUCCUUGUAAAUGUGCCCUUUGCCCUAACAAUGGCAAACCCAUUCUCUCAGGAACUGAAUGCCUUUGUGUGUGUCAGAGUGGCACCUACGGGGAGAAUUGUGAGAAAAGAGCUCCUGACUACACAUCCAAUGAAGUCGAUGGUGCUUGGAGCUGCUGGUCUUCUUGGAGUCCAUGCGAUGGCUCUUAUAAAAGACAAAGGACACGUGAAUGUAACAACCCUGCACCCCAGAAUGGGGGGAAGCCCUGUGAAGGAGAGCAGGAGCAAGAAGAGGACUGCUCUUUUUCAAUAUUUGAAAACAGGGGAGAUCUCUGCAUAAAUGAUGAUGAGGCUCUAAAGGAAGUAGAUAUUGAAGAAACUAAUCCUGAGUCCGGAUGUGUAAAACCUAUUCCUCCUGAAAAUGGAUUCCUCAGGAAUGAGAAGAGGCUAUAUUCUGUUGGAGAAGAAGCUGAAGUUGCCUGCAUGAUGGGCUUCAAUCUUGUUGGGUACCCAUACUUAAGGUGUUUACCUGACCAAACAUGGAGACAAGAAGGUGUGGAAUGCCAAAGGGUAGGGUGCAUAAAGCCAUUCAUACAGGAAGGCAUUUCAAUCACACCAUAUCAAAGUGUAUAUGACAUCGGAAACAUCAUCAAACUCACCUGCCCCUAUGGCUUUGUCAUUACUGGACCUCCAAAUUACAAAUGUGGGAAGCGGUCCUGGGAACCAGAUAUUCCAAGUUCACUCACUUGCAGACAAGAUACUUUGACCUACAUGGGCAAUUGUGGACCUGGACGUAAAUUGGUGGAAUCCAACUGUGUUUGCAUGUCUCCAGAAGAGGACUGUAGUCAUUACUCAGAAGAUCUCUGUGUAUUCAAUGCAGACUCCAACCAUUAUUUUACCAAACCCAGCUGUAAGUUUUUGGCAGAAAAAUGUGCAAAUGCCCAGAAACUCCAUUUCCUAUCUGUUGGAGCCUGCCAGGAUGGACCUCAGUUAGAACAGGCCAUUGAAAGGAUAAAGCUUUCAUACAACAGCACAAAGAAGGAACCUUGUGGCUAUGAUACAUGCUAUGAUUGGGAAAGCUGUUCAGCCUCCACAUCUACAUGUGUCUGUCUGAUGCCCUACCAGUGCCCAAAGAAUGGAAACCAAGUCUAUUGCAUCAGAACAGGCUCUUCAAAGACUGAGAAAACAAUGAAUAUCUGUGUACUGGGAGCACUGUAUUGUGCCCAAAAGAAGGUGGAAAUAGUGCAUCAUGGACAAUGUAUUGCUUGAGGCAAGAAAUAGUGCUCUAUAGACAAGACUACUUAGAAGACCUGUUUGUUUAGAUGCUCACUGGGUAGAUGGAUUUAAAAUUCACUACCCCAAAAUGUUUACAUUUAUGUUCCUUACAUAAAUAAAAGCAGACCUAAAUAAUUGGAAAAAUACUAAUUGCCAAUGGGGAGGUGAAGGCAAUAUAAUAAAAAUGACAAUAUUAUGUAAAUUAUUGAUGCAUUCAGUGUCAUAUCAGUCAA